GGGGCGGGGGGACUCCUAGUGAAGCAGUGCUCCCUCUAGAGACAUGUUGGAGAACUGUGGACAGAUGUCCUCACCCAAACUGCUGUGUGCUUUGCAGGUGAGGAAAUUCACCAGGGAGCCGUGGAGCUUAUCUAAUCUCCUGAGCCCUGAUCAGGGCAGGGCCAACACACACACACACACACACGUACAUGAAGGGACUGUCCACCCUGACAUUUCAGGAGGUGCAUGCAGGAGUGUCGCUUGUUUGGACUCCUGCUAGUGAACACACACUCUUAAUUAGUCUGCUUUGGUCAGAUGUGUAGCUCAGCAAAAAAAAGAUAAACAGGAAAACACAUACACAACGGAGAAAGAAAUGUAACUUUUUAUUUUUCUAUCAAGGGCAGUGUAUAGCCACAGUCCUGUCGCAAAAUGGUUGUCCAACCAUUGUCUGUUGUCUUUCGUCAUUUGAUGGUAUUGUAGGUUACUUUUGUUUUCUUUUUUCUUUAUUUUCCUUCCCUGUUUUACCUUACUGUACCAGAAACCAACAGUUUGGGUUCUGUUUUGGAUUUUGUAACUAAUACCAAUGUGAAAAGAAAAAAAACUGUAAUUCCCCUUCUUCAUUUUGGACUCAGUGGAAGUGUGAUGUUUACAUGUACAGAUUUUUGAAAUUCUCUCUUCUUUUAUCAGGUUUGUUCGGAUUUGUUUGUCGCAUACAACUCCUUUCCCUCAAUGACCCCAGUUUGUUUAAUUUAAAUCUGAUUCCUUGUUCAUUGAAGGGAAAUGGGACUAGCUGUGUCUGAAACCUGGUUCAUAGACACCACAAUGGGAUGAGGACUUGAGCUGAUCAGGGUUGAGCCACUGGAUGUCCUUGCCUUGUAGACACGCUCCUGCCUCAGUCAACAUAGCCUGGGUGCUGUGGCCUUAAACUAGCCAGGCGCCUACCACUCGCCAAUACUCUGGAGUCUGCUAUUCGAAUAAUGUAUAAGCCAUUUACACACCCUCAUACAGGGUUUCUAGUGUUAAAUACAAAUAAUCCAUGUUGUAAACAGCAGACUAUAAAAACCUCAGGAAAAUGAGAACAUUUUUUUUAGUGUAUUAAUGUCUUAUUGAAGGCCCAUUUCCCUCUUUGAUACCAUUUAAAUUAUAUUAAAUAAUUAUUCUUUUUUUAUAUUUAUUGUGUUAACAGUGGAUAUUUUUUCCAGUACAUGUGGCUGAAUACUUAAAUUCUUUAGAAAAAAAAGUGUUGAUAAAUAUAUAUGUGAAACAACUAAAAAAAAGAUUGAGGAAAAAAAAGAUGAAAAACUCCAUUUCUGUUUGUUUCAAUGCAAAACAGCAUGGGUGGCUCUUUUACCUAACAUAUCAAUUUGAUUACUGAAGAAUCCAAUUAUUUGAAAUUAAGCUUUCUUCAUCGUGAUGUCACGGCUUAGGUAAAAAUGUUUCAUUACAUCCAAUUGUGACUUAUUUUUUUCCUCCCAAGCUGUACCUCACAAAGCUAAAUAUACUAAUAAAAACCGUGUGCUAUAUAUCAAACAGAUCCCUGUAUGUACUGUGCCUUUUCUUUUUCAGUUGAGUGAUGAGCAGUGGUAGUGGUAGAAGUCUUCUGGAAUGAUUUCUCAGUCGUGCCAAGCACAAACGAUGGAAGCAAAAACCAGACAAGACAAAUCGGGCCUAAUUUGUGUUGAAUGAACAGAAUGACUGGAAGUGAAUAAGUUAGACCAUUGCGCAUUUUACAACACCAUAUCUAAUAGACUUUCUUAGAGCUAUAUUUUACAACAACGAUAGUGAAUUUCGUGUUUUAGACUUUCUUAGAGCUAUAUUUUACAACAACGAUAGUGAAUUUUGUCUUUUAGUUGUUACACUGGAUGAAACGCAUGAUAACGCACAGGUGCAGAGUCGGUGGGAGGCGCAGGAAAAAAGCCGCGCCAAAGACAUUCUUAUACAUAGGCUACCAUCCUCCGUCACCACCAGCUCUGAAAAUGACGACGGUUGCAGUGGUUAGUGAAAGAGCAGGUUAUCCCCAGGGAGUCCUUGCCUAUGUCUUUAAGGAUGACGUUCACAGGACAAACCACAGUGAGUAUCCUCCCGGGCAGGCUCAAUGAAAUGUAUUUCUCAGAUCUGCUGGUCGGAAUCAUAGGCUACUCCGCCAGACAACAUGCCGUUUCCGCAUUCCCACGACGCGUUUAGUUCUGUGAAUGUGAUCUAUCAAAACACAGAACCGGUUCCACCUGAUCCCCUACUGCUGUGAGGUGCUCUGCGAAAAGACGAAGAAUAGAGAUUUCAGUAGUGUUGUGUAGCGACGUUCAGCGAUCUGAGGAGAUACUGUAAGGGACCCCAUUCAUUUUUACUUUUAACGUCGUGUCCAGCCCACGCAUACUCUGGAUACCCCCGCCGUUGCCGCGAGAGCCCGAGGUAUCGGCUUGGGAUGGAGGACUGUUGUCGCACUUGUAUGCCAUGUUUGAGUAGGUUAUGGAACUGGGUAUGGCCCGAAUUUCAUUAUCCGAACAUCACUCGGCCAGCAGAAAUCCGGACAGUCUCAGGUGAUAUCAGUGUACCAGCGCCUAAGAAAAAGCCAACGCAGCUUUAUGCGGCUUUGUUUGAUUUCGAAGCCAGGAGCGAGGAGGAGCUCACUGUUAAAGAAGGUGACAAACUGUCGGUCAUCGAAAAGCGGGGUGAUUAUGUGCUUGCCAAAAAACUUACCGGCACACUGGAGUCAGGAUUACUACCGGCUAACUAUGUAGCUUUGGUUCAAGAUGAAUUUGCAAAAUACAAAUGGUACUACGGGAACAUCAACAGGCAGAAGGCUGAGCAGCUUCUCCUGGCCCCACAAAACAAGAACGGCUCUUUCCUGGUGCGCAUCAGUGAGAGCCACAGCGACGAAUACACCAUCUCAGGCAGAAAUGAAGGUCAAGUCUAUCAUUAUCGUAUCCGUCGGUCGGUGAUCGGCGCCUACUUUGUGUCUGAGAAGAUCUCCUUUGCCACUCUGGAUGAGCUCAUUCGGUAUUACCAGACCAACAGCAAGGGUCUGGGUUGCCCCCUGGAGCAGCCAUGUGUUCAACAGCGAGAGCUGUUCGACAUGGAGCCAUGGGAGCGGCCUCGGGAGGAGUUCAAGCUGCAGAGGAAGUUAGGGGAGGGGCACUUCGGAGAGGUGUGGGAGGCAACAUGGAGCAGCAAAAACCAGAAGGUGGCCAUCAAGAUGUUAAAGCAAGAGGACACCAAGCAGGAUGAGUUCAUAAAGGAGGUGCACGCCCUGAAGAACCUGCACCACCCUAAACUCAUCAAGCUGCUGGCCAUGUGCUCUCGCGGAGAGCCCGUCUACAUUGUCACCGAGCUCAUGAGCAAGGGCAGCCUGAAGUCCUACCUGGCCACCCCCGAGGGUCAGAUACUGACCUCAGCCCACCUCAUCUACAUGGCCAGUCAGGUGGCAGAGGGCAUGGCCUACCUGGAGGACCGGCACAUUGUUCACCGUGACCUGGCCGCUAGAAACAUCCUGGUCGGGGAAGACCUCAUCUGCAAAGUUGCCGACUUUGGUCUGGCCCGCAUCAUAAAGGACAGUGUGUACACAGCCAGCAGAAGCACAAAGAUUCCUGUGCGCUGGACGGCCCCCGAGGCGGCCCUUUACCAGCGCUUCUCCGUCAAAUCAGACGUCUGGUCCUUCGGCGUGCUACUCUACGAGAUGAUGUCACGAGGGAAGAUGCCAUAUGAUGGGAAGAGUAAUAAGGAGGUGCUGGAGAUCCUGGCAUCGGGGUACCGGUUACCCAGUCCGCCCAAGUGCCCACCUAACAUUUAUCGCAUCAUGCUGGAGUGCUGGAACCCGGAGCCCUCCAAGCGUCCAUCCUUCCACGCCCUGCACAGCCAGCUGGACAACAUCUACUCCAGACUCUACUUCAAAACCAUAGAGGUGUAGAACAUCUGGGUAGCUGGCCAGUGGAGGGGGGUGAAGGGAAUGGAAAUGGAGAGAGAUCAAGGCAAAGGAAGAGAUAUUAAGAAGAAAGGGAGGGAGGGAGAGAGGAAUUGAAUGGAAUUACUAUACCACCAGUAUAUGCACUAUACCACAUGAACACAAAUGGACACUGUGUACUGGCUUUGUGGUGUCCAUUUUUACCUUUAUAAGAUAUUUCACUUUCUUGUGUUUCCUAAAGUUCAGUUCCAGGCUUCUAUUUUAUUCAUUUGUUUUUAAAUGAUGCUAUGUGCAAUAAUGAGUCUGCAGCUACUCCAUGCUUUAUCCCAUGGAGGCAGGGGUCAAGAGGAAGGUGGAGGUCAACAGAACAGAUCUCUCAACCAAGCCAAGGAUAUUGGAGUGACACUGGGAUGGGAGUGGGUCUAAUUGGAGUGGUGGUCUUGGCAAAGCUGGCAUCCAGUUCAAUACAACCAGGCUUGCAAGGCAUUAUUCUUAAUGUAGGUCUGGGGUUGAGAUGUUUUGGACAUGAUCUGUAGAACUCCAAAGUUAGCUAUGACUCACACCCUAGUUGCAUGGUUACCAUCAAUCCCUGGCUUCAUUGAGGUUUUAAAGGUGCACUCCAGCUACAUGUAAUCCCUGACUUUUCCUGAACAGAAAAUGUGCUGUUAAUGGAAGUGGUGUUUUAUUUUCAGUGCAAAUAAAGUGACUGGACUGGACCACACACUGCUACAUCACUAGAGUAGCUUUAGUUGCAUGCAGACUGAAAGAAGUGAGCAAGUGUAAGUAUGUAUGUAUUUAGUAUGUAAGUAUGUAUCCACAUACAUUACUUUAUGAGCGGGCAUUUUGGAAAAAUUUUGGCAUUUGCAUUCUACAUACAACAUUUGUAGUUCUGUGGCUGUAAUCAGUGGAGUGCUUGGCGUAGAACUCAAAAACCCCAUUAGUACUGGAGUGUACCUUUGAACACAGAGAGGACCUCAGGCAGAAGCGUAAAUGUUACAAUGCCGGAGUCUCGGCCUGAUCCACUCAGCAUUGAAGGCCAGCAGACGGGUCAUCAGAAGAGAGCUAAUGUUUACAGAGAACUCACGUGCCAACUGACUUUCUCACCACACACACAGACACACACACUCACACUCCUCUGUGUUGGGGUGGAAAGCAGGAGUUUUAGCCAUUUAGAGACUUUAUUAAGGAAACGUAGCUGAAUCUGGCAUGUUGGUUUGUGCAUGGUUGCAUAUGGUGGUGAAAGUGCUUAAUUGACCCCUUAUUAGGGUUUUAUAAACUUAUAUCUAAUAAUAAAUAAUGAAAUCAGUGAAGCAAUGCUAAUGUGUUAAAAAUGAAAGUACAUGUAUGUGGACUAUUAAUGGAAGCACAGGAGCCAUACAAACAGAUUCUUCCUUAUAUUUGUUGUUUUUCCAAAGUUGCAACCAGUGUCAUUAAAAUGACUUUUAGUCUUCCUGAAGAUGUGUCAAAGACAUUUUGCUUUUGCCAUCGAAUUUCUGAAGCAAGUCAUGAGUUGUCAAUAUAAAAAUAAUAUUUUUCAAUAAAUGUUGACCAACAAGUACCUCUA